AGGGAGAGAGGGAAACAACAACAACAACAACAACAACAACGGCGGCGGCGGCGGCGACGGUCCGCUAGCGGGAGAGGCGGCGAUGGUGACCCACGGCCGCCGGUAACCAUGGCUCGCCGCGAGUCGAUGCGGUUGGCAGCAGCAGCAGCGCCGGCCCCCAGUCCGCGGCCGCACGGCUUGGCCGCCCUCUCGCCGCCCGGCUAGAGCGGUGGUUGCUGAGGAACCACAGCCACAGCCACAGCCCCGGGCCGGGCCCCUGCCCCUCGUCCCCGGCUCCAGCCGCAACCGCAGCCGCAACCCCGGGCCGGAGCCUCAAGCGGCGGCGCACAUCCAUCACCCAUCUCCUCCUCCUCCUCCUGGUCGACCGGCUCCGGAAGAUGGCGACCGGCGUGGGCUGGCAACAACAACAGCAGCAGCAGCAGCACUGCAGCGGCGGGCCGGCAGCCGGCAAGGUGGGCUCGGCCCCCGAGUACAACCACGAGCUGCACAUCAAGAUGAGCAAGAAGAUCGCCCAACUGACCAAGGUACUUUCAUCAUCAACCGCAGAAGAGUUAUCACCUGUCCACUAUACCUCCUCCCUCCUGUCUAUCCAGGGACCCAAGCAGUCCUUCCAGGUGAGACAGAGGAUCGCGUGCACCUCCUCUAACCUCAUCAACUGCAUUUUAUGCUCCUGAUGUGGCCUUCUUUACAUCGGCGGGACCAAGCAUAGAUAGGUGACUGCUUUGCCAAACACUUGCACUUGGUCCCUUAAGGCCUGCAGGAUCUCCUGGCUGC